GCUUUGUCGCGCGUGCACGUUCUGGUAGUGAGAGUCGCGCGCCACUGCAUCCCUGCUGCACGGGGAAGCGGUAGUGGGCUCGCUCAGAGUGCCGAGCAGUCAGUGCGUCCGAUGAGUGAUCACUGAAUUAUCAGCGAAUUAUCAGCGAAUUAUCGCCCCGCCGCCUCGAUCGCCAGCGGACGAGCUGCACUGCGCAUUUUGCGAAGGAGGACCUGCACCUCCGGCUCGCGCUUCAGUUCUAUUCAACGCUGGCUGUUCAUCCUCGUGAGACAUGGCGCAGACUAACAGCUAUGGGCAGAGCAGCAACGGAGUAUCGGAUGAGUCUCCCAACAUGCUCGUGUACAGAAAAAUGGAGGACAUCAUUGCCCGGAUGCAGGAUGAGAAGAUCGGCAUUCCCAUUCGCACGGUGAAGAGUUUCCUGUCCAAGAUCCCCAGUGUGUUUUCAGGUUCUGACAUAGUGCAGUGGAUGAUUAAAAACCUGAACAUCGAGGACCCAGUGGAGGCACUUCAUCUGGGAACACUGAUGGCUGCGCAUGGUUAUUUCUUCCCCAUCUCGGACCACGUGCUCACCCUGAAGGACGACGGGACCUUUUACAGGUUUCAGACGCCCUACUUCUGGCCAUCCAACUGCUGGGAACCAGAGAACACGGACUACGCUGUUUACCUCUGCAAACGAACAAUGCAGAACAAAGCGAGGCUGGAGCUUGCUGACUAUGAAGCUGAGAGUUUAGCGCGUCUCCAGAGGGCUUUUGCGAGGAAAUGGGAGUUCAUAUUCAUGCAAGCGGAAGCUCAAGCCAAGGUGGACAAGAAACGAGACAAAAUUGAGCGCAAGAUCCUGGACAGUCAGGAGCGAGCAUUCUGGGACGUCCACCGGCCUGUGCCCGGCUGCGUGAAUACGACAGAAGCCGACAUCAAGAAGUCCUCGAGAAUGAAACAGCCACACAAAACGAGGAAGUCGGUGUACGGCUUACAGAACGAUGUACGAGGUCAUAGCCCCACCCACACCACCACACCUGAAGUUAGGGAGCCCACCGUGGAGGUGCUGCAGCAGCAGAUACAGUACUGGCAAGCGCAGCUGGACAGACAUCGAUUAAAAAUGUCUAAAGUUGCUGAAAGUUUGCUGAGCUACACAGAGCAGUACAUGGAGUACGAUCCAUUCUUCACCUCUCCUGAACCCUGCAACCCCUGGAUCUCAGAUGACAAUACGCUUUGGGAACUGGAAGCCAGUAAGGAACCAGGUCAGCAGAGAGUGAGGCGGUGGGGCUUCAGCUUUGACGAGGUCCUGAAGGAUCCCGUCGGGAGAGAACAGUUCCUGAAGUUUCUGGAAUCGGAGUUCAGCUCUGAGAACCUGCAGUUCUGGCUGGCUGUGCAGGAACUGAAGAAGCGACCGGUGCAGGAGGUGCCCAGCAGGGUGCGGGAGAUCUGGCAGGAGUUCCUGGCUCCUGGAGCUCCUAACGCCAUCAACGUGGACUCCAAGAGCUACGACAAAACCACCCAGAACGUCAAGGACCCUGGUCGCUACACCUUUGAAGAUGCUCAGGAGCACAUCUACAAGCUGAUGCGGAGCGACUCCUACAGCCGUUUCAUCCGCUCCAGUGCCUACCAGGAGCUGUUACAGGCCAAGAAAAAGAAAAGCAAGAACUUAUUUUGAAGCACUGCACCCUGGGCUGGUUUGUGCGGUGGAACGCGAUCUCGGCCACGCCGGCCGGCCCCGAAGACACUGCAAACUGUAUAUUCCUGUAAUCUACCGUGUUCCAUAAUCAAACACACGCGCGUAGAGCACCUGUUGCAUGCUGGGGCGUCAUCUGCGUCUCAAGAACUGCCACCGCUCUUCCGUUUACCUCUCCUUCAGCGUUGUGACGACACAGUCUGGACACCUGACCCCUCCCCGCACAAACCCCCCACAGACUUGAAUUAUGUGUACAAAUGCCUUUCAAAUGUAAUAAUAAUCAUCAAGUGGAAGCCAUUUUCCCCUUCCGUCCUUAGUUUCCAGUACGGGCUCUGCGUAAUAAACUCCAGUAUAGUCUAUAAGCACGUUCCCGUAGUCUUUGUUUAUGUUGCCGUUGUGUGGAAGGAGUCAGGGAGAUCACAGAUCGCUUUGACGCACGACUGCACUGAGAACAGACGCCACCGCAGCUGUACAAUCACAUUUGAAGGAGGAAGCCGCAUCUUUUAUUUUUAUACUCUAUUUACGAAUAUUGAUUUGUUGGUCUGAUUAUUAUUAUUAUUAUUAUUAUUAUUUAACUUUUGUAAAAUGCUGUAAAAAUCCUUGGAAGGCAGGGAAGAACAGAGGACAUAGAAAAUGAAUUAAGAGCAAAGUGUGCUUUUAUAAUCCCACAAUCCCUUGCUGCAUAUAUUUUUAUUAGUGACUCCACUGACCUGCUAGAGAUGGCCAGCUGAAACACAGCUGACCGCCUGUGUCCUGGGACUCUGACCGCCUGUGUCCUGGGACUCUGACUGCCUGUGUCCUGGUGCUCUGACUCAACCGUAUCCUGGCGCUCUGACCGCCUGUGUCCUGGGACUCUGACCGCCUGUGUCCUGGCACUCUGACUCAACCGUAUCCUGGGACUCUGACUCACCCGUGAUGUGCACAUGGAGGACAUUUGGUGCAAUGUAUGAACUACCACGGAGGACUAUGUGCAUUAUGUGUAUGUACAGUACGUGUGUCUUUUGUUAGCUGGAGUGUGUGAGAACAUAUGUGUGUAAUAUGUGUGGGGGGUUAAUUAGGCGAUGAGGAUGUGUGUUGGGAUCGCGUCGGCUGUAUUGAUCAGUACUGUUUGGGCUUGUAUUUUACCUUCAUUUCAUAUGUGAUGCACCUUGUUGGAAAAGGCUCUUCAAUCUUGAAUUGACAUAUUACACAACUGCAGCAUAGGUUUGGUUUAAUAAGGGAAAGAGCAUCAUGUCGUAUUAACCGCUUAAAGCAAGAAACAUAUUGCGGAUGUACUUUCAAGAAGGUCGUGACCUACGAGGCCGUGACCUAUGAGGUGAAAACAGGCGUGGACCUCACCCGAUCCAGGUGAAACGGGGCUUACGGCACCGCAAACCUGAGCCUGAACCCUGGGAUGCGAUGGGCCCAGGCCAGAGCGCGCGGUCCACACACAGCCAGCGUGGCGCUCCAGAGCAUCCGCCGCGCACUGGGACGCAACAGCCUGCUGGUCCUGAAACGCCAUUAACAGGCUCCUUAUGCAAACUGGCGGUUCUGCCAUCAGCACGGCGGGAGGGGCCUGUGCUGAACUGCCGCCGUUUAGAACGUCAUCGACCGACACGCGCCGUCUGGUCAGAUGACAGCAGACCACCAGGUCAUUUCAGCCUCCAGGUAUUUGUUUUAAUGCUGCGUUUAAUCCAGGAUGUCCAAACUGUCUGUCUGUCUGUUUUGUGAGAGCUAUUGAGGUCCAAAGAAGGCCGUAUAGGUGUGCUGCGUGCUGGUGAAACUCCUCCAGCUUCCGUUACGUCAUUUCCAGUAUAGACUCUGUGACCUUGUAAAUACAUUCCAAAACCCAAUAAAGUGAAUCGAGAGAAAGAGAA